ACUACCUGGGAGGUGGAGCCAUAAAUUCUGGACCCUGGAACCAGGCAAAGGUUGGAAAUGUUGGGUGCAGCUCCCACACCUUGGCUCCGGACGCAGAUGGGGUUCCCCACGAGCCCAUGGGGCCUCCUCAGUCCUUUCCUGACUCUCCACCUCCUCCGGCUGGGAUCAGCGGAAUUCAGAGUGACAGGACCAGGCCAACCUCUCCUUGCCAUCGUGGGGCAGGAUGUCGUGCUGCCGUGUCACUUGUCCCCAGGCGUGGACACUUGGAGCUUGGAGAUCAGGUGGAUCCGGUACCUGGUCUCUGAAACGGUGCACCUCUACCGAAACGGAGAGGACCAGUAUGGUGAGCAGAUGGAGGAAUACGAUGGAAGGACAGAGUUGGCCAGAGAUGGUCUCUCCCGUGGGAUCCUGGACUUGCGAAUCUCUGGGUUGAGACCCUCUGACAAUGGCCAGUACGUCUGCACUGUGCAAGAUGGUGCUUCUUAUGGAGAAGCUGUGGUGGAGCUGAAGGUGGCAGCCAUGGGCUCUGUCCCUCUCCUCUCUCUGGAGGCUUACGAGGAUGGAGGCAUCCGGGUGGUGUGUCGAUCGGCCGGCUGGUACCCAUCACCAGAGGUGCUGUGGAGGGAUGGCGAGGGGCAGCAUCUCCCCUCAGUCUCCCUGAGACAUUCCCCAGAUGAGAGGGGCCUCUUUGAGAUCCAAGAUGUCAUCGUUGUGAGCGGGAAGGGAGAUGGGAACGUGUCGUGCGUGGUGAGGAACAGUCGUCUGGAGCAGGAGGAGGCGUCGUCCCUGCACAUCUCAGCUCCCUUUUUCCACAAUGCCCGUCCCUGGAUGGCAGCUCUGGGUGUCUUCCUCCUGCUUUCAGUGGUGUCCGCUGCCCUCAGUGCUUACCUCUUCCGAAGGAAAGUGGUGCUGUCCAGAGCGCUGGGGAAACGAGGUGCAGCACUGGGGGAACAAGCUGAUCUUUUGCGGAAUCGAGAAGCAGAAUUGGACCAACGAGAUGCAGCACUGAGGGAUCGAGAGGGAAAAUUGGAGGAACGAGAUGCAGCACUGAAGGAAAGAGAUGCAGCACUGGGGAAUCGAGAAGCAGAAUUGGUGAAACGACAACGCAAAAAGCUGAAGCACCGGCGCAAAAAGCUGAAGCACCGGAGCAAAAAGCUGCAGCACCGGCGCAAAAAGCUGCAGCACCGACUCAGCAGCCCCAACUGCCGUUCGCUGCUACGGGAGGAGCAGCUGACGACUUGGACUCACAGCUAUGGUAGCUUCUGCGCCAACCGCAGAUCAGAUUUUACAAAGAACUAA